GGCAGCUGGCGUAUCUUGAUCCGCAGAAGUGCUGGAUCAAAACUGGCACAGAGUGUAUGUCCCGAGGCAUCCGUUCCUGGCCUUAGUUGUUUCCUGAGUGCUUGGGAGCUGGCGGCAACUCCUCAGGUCUCCUGUGAGCUCAGUACUGUUGGAGCCCCUGCCUCUUGGAAUCCCUGUAUCCCAGGUCUUCAGAGCUCAGGCAGUCUUUACGGGUGGAGGAACCUGUGGGCCUGGCUUUCUGAGUUGGUGGCAGGGAGCCCAUGUCUUCCUCUCAGCCCUCAAACAGAGACGUGCCUUGUGUCAGGGUCCAGAUUUUGGAGGUGUCUUUGGUGGCCUCCAUGAGUUCAAGCCUCGUAAUUUCCAGGAGGCUGCUGGUGGGGCCAAUUAUCUAGCUGGGCUUCUCAUCCCUCGUGUGGAAUUUGCAACCACUGCACAUUUCUAUUGCAAGAAGCUGGGCAUGGGGGAUGGCUUUAAUUAGCUUGUGUCUUGGCUGGGCCAUGGAGGCCUCGAGAGCCUGAAGAAGUCCCAUUGGAGAUGAGCAGGGCCCCAGGAUCAGAUAGGGGUGGCUUGUGCUUCAGGAAAGGACCUGCAUGGACUAGCAGAUUUUUCCUCUAGAUUGGUGGUUAGCAAGGCGGAAACAAGCCACAGCGCUGGUCUGGCACCUCCCAAACGCUUGGGAACAUUCGCUCCUCCCUUGGCAGCUUGCUUUCUGCCCCCCACCCCUUAGCCGUGUAUAUAAGGUCCCUCCAAGCAGCCCUGGCACUACACGACCCACUCCAGCAAGACAGACAGCACCUCUGCUCUUGGGGAGAGUGAACCAGAAGGCCUUCAGCAUGGACAGAUGCAGACUUCAGUGCUACGACUACCCCGUCUGCCCGGAUGUUGUGAAAGCUCCUAGAGAAGAGGUUGCAUAUGUGACUUGUACUUACCGAGAAACAGGCAUCGACCAACCUGACUUCUUGGCCACCAUCGAUCUCAACCCCAGAUCUCCGUAUUACUGCCAGGUGAUCCACCGCCUGCCCAUGCCCAACCUCAAAGACGAGCUGCAUUCCUCAGGGUGGAGCGCUGGCAGAGUCUGCUUUGACAAUAUUACAACGAAAAGGAACAAGCUGAUUCUUCCCUGUUUGAUUUCUUCCCGUAUUUACGUGGUGGAUGUGGGUUCACAGUGCCGGGCUCCCAAGCUGUGUAAGAUGAUUGAGCCGGUGGAUGUCUUCUGGAAGUGCAACAAGGGCCACCUUAGUAUAGUUCAUAGCCUGCCUAAUGGUGAUAUACUGAUUGCCAACAUGGGAGAUCCAGCUGGCAAUGGAAAAGGAGGAUUUAUUGUGCUGGAUGGAGAGACAUUUGAGCUGAAGGGUAACUGGGAAAAUGAGUGCGAGGCCCCCCCAACUGGCUAUGACUUCUGGUUCCAGCCCCGCCACAACGUUCUCAUCAGCUCUGCCGGACUCGUUCCAAAACGUGCAGGGCGUGGAUUUAAUCCUGAUGAUUUGAAGAAAGGAGUCUUUGGGCGCCGCCUGAACGUGUGGAACUUAUCCUGCCGCACCCUGACCCAGUGCUUUGACCUGGGGGAGGACUCUUUGCCUUUGAGCGUUAAAUUCCUCCACAACCCCGAUGCUGCCGAGGGAUAUGUCAGCUGUGCCCUGAGUGGUAUCAUCUACCGCUUCUACAAGGCCUGUUGCGAGAGAGACACCUGGUCAGUAGAGGAGGCGAUUCAGAUACCAGCCAAGGACGUGGCGGGAUGGAUUCUCCCCAAGAUGCCAGCCUUCACAGCUGACAUGGUCAUCUCCUUGGAUGACAAAUACCUGUAUCUCAGCAACUGGCUGCACGGAGACAUCCGCCAGUACGAGAUCUCCAAAACCUGCAAGCCCAGGCUGGUGGGACAGGUAUUUGUGGGAGGCAGCAUCCUCAGAGGCGGGCCUGUGACUGUGUGUAGAGAUGAAGAGCUGAAGUGCCAGCCGGAGCCCUUGGUGAUCAAGUGCAAGAGGGUGUAUGGUGGUCCUUGUAAGCUGCAGCUCAGCGUGGAUGGCAAGAGGCUGUACGUCACCAACUCCUUCUACAGCACGUGGGACAAGCAGUUCUACCCGAACGUGGUCAAGGAAGGCUCUGUCAUGCUGCAGAUUGAUGUGGACACUGAGAAAGGAGGCCUGACUGUGAACAAGAACUUCCUGGUGGAUUUUGGAAAGGAGCCCAACGGGCCUUGCCUUGCCCGUGCUAUCCGCUUCCCUUGCGGAGAUUCCACCUCUGACAUCUUGGCCU